UGUCAAGUGCAGUUCGCAGUGCUAAGUGCAUUCGUCAAAGAGCUUUGGAAAAAUAAUCAUUAUUUUAUAAUCAAUUUUUACAAAAGAUUACAAGAAAAUUUCUAUUAGAUGCGCCAAUUGUUAAGCUCCGGCUUUAAUGAUUAAUAAUCCCCUCUAACCGUUGUAUGUUUGUGGAGGAAACCCUUCGGCGGAUUUCCCAGUUUUGUCGCGCAUCUUUGCCGGUCCUUAUCGUGUGUGUAUACGUUGAGUGAAAACAAACACGAAUACAGCCUCUCUCGCCUCCCAUGAUCGUGUAGGUAGAAGCUGGAGGGAAGGAAAAGUACAUACGAAGCAGUGAUAAGGAAACGGACGAACCCGGGGGAAAUCAGCCUGGCAGCAGAGCAGCAAUCGCGAGUGUUCGGGGCCCGGUCAGUCAGUCGUCAGUCUGUUCAAGUUGUUCAUCUCGUUUGGGUUGUCGGUCGAAGUGCUGUGUGAAAAUUGCGGAAUCGAGAGUGGAAAAAGUCCUUAUCAGUAAAAUAUAACAGAGCUAACAACAAAAAUCGGUGUCGGUGCCUUUUCGCUGUGUGCCUUCGUUCGUUUUUUUUUUUUGGACCGCUGCCAUCACAACCAUUAUUAUUCCUCGGAGAAUGUAAUCUAAUCUUCCCGUGUAGUCAGGCAGGCAGGCAGAAUCUUCGUUAAUUUCCAAAGCCUGAAUCUUAUCGGUGCCAACCGGGCGAGCUUCAAUCUGAGUGAUAUUGUGCAGCAGCAGCAGCUGAUAUUUCAGUUUUUCGUGUGGUGCAAUUCCUAUAUUCCCGGUGGCAUCCUGAAGGUUGAGUGGCGCACGGAUAUCACAUAGGAUAUAAAAAACUGCAUGCGUUUACGUUCCCGAUGUUCAAGGCAACACACUUUGGGCGGACAUUCGCAGGUUGUAAAAAUGUACUACAAGGUGUCGUAAAUUCCCGCACAUUCGGAACAAACCCCAAGGCCAAGCUACGUAAAGUAUUGAUUGUGUCGAAACUAACGCGACUAGAAUUUGAGAAAACCCGCGACCAGGCCCUCAGCGAUGAACGGCUGGAGCAUAAAAUUCGCAACCGUGGCUCGGACUACGAUGCGAUGAAAUACUACCACCACCUGCACAAGGACGUGGAGGCGGAGGUGGUGAAAUCAUUCCGCGAACAGGGCAUCGAGGUGAAGGUCGUAACGCGACUCACAAUCAACAAGCACCUGCUGCGAUGGGCCGACAUGCUGGUACCAGUCGGAGGCGACGGAACGUUCCUUUUGGCAGCUGGCCGAGCCAGUCCGUUCAUAUUGAACGGACCGAACAAGAUGCCCGUGGUGGGAUUCAAUUCCGACCCGAGGCGGUCCGAGGGAAGACUCAUGCUUCCCAAGCACUAUUCCAGCAACGUGGAAGAAGCCGUAAAACGAAUCAUUUCCGGCGAUUUCAGUUGGAUGCAUCGAUCUCGUAUCAGGAUAACGCUGAUAGGGGCAACCACGACGGAACGGCCGCCGCCCAUUGAUCUGCACGAGUACAACGUGGCCCAGGUGGAACACAAAGACGUGAUCAAUGGCUCCGAGGAGGGCAGCAACAAUAGAAUUUUACCGUACUUAGCGCUGAAUGAGGUCUUCAUAGGAGAAAUGCUAUCGGCGCGGGUUUCCCACCUGCAUCUGCGGCUCGACAAAUCCGACGUGGUGACCAAAACCAAGAGUUCGGGAUUGUGCGUCAGCACGGGAACCGGGUCCACAUCGUGGCUGACCAGCAUGAACCGCCUGUCGACGAACAACGUGAAGGACCUCAUCGAGAUCCUGAAACGGCAAACGCAGUCCAGUGCGCUCGAUGGCAUCGAUCCGGCGGCGGUAUCCGAAGAGUACAAUCAAAAUCUGGUCUACGCGCCGGAUGACCCGAGGUUGUGCUACUCAAUCCGGGAGCAGAUAUGCGUGGGGGUGUGGCCUAACCCAAAGGGACUGGAAUCGAGGGGAUUUGCCAAGCAAAUCACAGUCAAGUCCAGGUGCAUUGAUGCAAGCUUAGUGAUAGAUGGCAGUAUUGCGUACAACUUCAACGACGGAGCAAAGGCGCUACUCGAGGUUCACCCGGAGGACGCGUUGCUGACCAUCGACAUGAAAUGAAAUUACGAUUUAUCCAUCUUAUUAGAGUUUAGGGUUCCGAAAGUGCUACCAGAUCAGGCUGGUAAGAUUGGCGGGCAGCUACUAGCUACAUAUACGAGAUGCAAUCACAGUUGUUUUCCGCACGUCGGCGGCAAUUGGCACGCAACAAGUCAACUGAUUAACAGAAAAUUAGGCACCAUUUUGAUAUGCUUUUCGUUAUCAUAUUGUCAUCAUGUUUUUAAGUUAUUGUUAGUGUAUUUUUACAAUGGAGGAUCAUGCAUUUAUUUAUCGCCGCUGCAAACGAAAGUGCUGAAAUAUACACGGAUAAGAUUAAAUAAGAAA